AUGACCGACGUUGAGAUGAAGCCAGCCGACAAGGCGAACGACGAGAAGAAGAAGGAAGACGACAAAACAACCCUCCCGCCACCACCAACCCCAGUUGAGGAGAUAAAGUCUAACACUACUCUCAUUGAACGCGCGGUCUCAACUCUCGAGCCGCGCUUCACCAAUCGUGUCUUGCGCACCCUGACGGCUUUGAGAAAACGCGUCGACGACACUGUGCUAAGAACAGCUAUCGAAGAACUAUACGGCAAAGGUGAUAGACCUGUGAAGAAGACCCUUCUCUCAUGGCUUCCUACUGGUCCCAUUACGACCGACCAUUCAAUGGAGGUUGAUCUCUCUGACAAGUCCGAUGCGCCAGAACCCGUGCCAGAGGCUGAGAUCUACAUCCGUCUCCUUAUGCUUCACCACUUGCUCAAGGAGGAAGACACUCAAAGCAAAGCCCUUGAACUUGCUCAUGAAACUGUGGAGAAGAUGCAAGCACUCAAUCGACGGAGUAUGGACGCUAUUGCUGCAAAGAUCUGGUUUGCAGUUGACAGGGCAUAUGAUCUUGCAGGCGAGUUGGCCGAUGCACGACCACUAUUUCUCGCCGCCCAGCGUACGGCGUCUUUGCGGCACGACGAUGAAGCUCAGGCCGCACUCAUCAACUGUCUUUUGCGCAGCUACAUUCAGUACAACCUCUAUGACCAAGCCGACAAGCUCGUGUCGAAAACAACCUUCCCCGUGUCUGCCAGCAAUGCUCAAUACGCUCGAUACCAUUUCUACCUCGGCCGUAUAAGGGCCGUGCAACUAAAUUAUACCGAGGCACACACCAAUCUCCAGCAAGCUAUCAGGCGUGCUCCAGCAGCAAAAGUAGCACCAGGUUUCUACCAAGCCGUGCACAAGUACUUUGUCGUUGUCGAGUUGCUUAUGGGUGAUAUCCCAGACCGAUCGCUCUUCAGACAUGUCGUUUUAGAAAAGGCACUUAUCGCCUACUUUGAUAUCGUCAAAGCCGUACGCACGGGCUCUCUUUCCCAAUUCCAAACAACCCUCUCAAAACACGCCGACCAAUUCGAAGAAGACAACACCUACACCCUCAUCGUCCGUCUCCGCCAAAAUGUCAUUAAAACAGGCAUUCGAAGGCUCUCCCUCUCGUAUUCGCGUAUCUCCCUUCGCGACAUUUGCGUCAAGCUCCAUCUGGAUUCGGAGGAGGACGCUGAGUAUAUCGUGGGCAAGGCUAUUCGUGAUGGGGUCAUUGAGGGCCGCAUUGUCCAUGAGAAAGGGUGGAUGGAGUGCGGGACGCAGAAGAGUGGUUAUGGGCCUGAGGUUAGUGAGGUGUUUGGGAGACGAAUUGCGUUUUGUUUGGAUCUACACAAUCAGAGUGUGAAGGCGAUGAGAUAUCCACUCAAUGCACAUCGGAAAGAGCUUGCUGCUGCUGAGGGGGCGAGGGAACGAGAGAAGGAGCUUGCUAAGGAAAUUCAAGAUGGAGAUUUGGAUGACGAAGACCUUGGUGGCGGCGACUUUUGAUUCCUUUGCGUUGUAAAAAGAGUACUAGAAUUUCUGAGAGGCCUUGGCUGAUAGUCUCCC